AUGGUCGCAUUAAGGGGCAAUCCUCCAAUUACAGCCAACGUUGGCAGCAACGAGCCCACGUCCGGCGGCAAAGCAUCCAGAGCGUCUCAAACAUGUGACCAUAAAUGUGCAGUCACCACCCUUUCCAUCGCCAUCCCAAUCCUCUCGCUCUUCAUCAUAGGCAUCCUUGUAUUCGGCCUCUCACACCGGCGAAGGAAAAUGAGAAAGAACAAGGCGAAGGAUCAGGAGACAGAAAUUGCAAUCAGGAAACUUGGGCCCGAGAGUGAGACCUCCAGCGUGACUGGCUUUGGAGACUUUCCCGCCGUCACGAAUCUAGAAGACGGUGCAGAGGCGGUGAGGGUAUCGGAGAAGCCUUCAAGUUCUUGGAGACCUAGGGAAUUGUUUUCAAAGACCCCUGGGUGGUGGAGGAUGUGA